GCGGGAACAGGGAGCGGAAACAGGCACAGGCGGUGGAGACAGCUGUGACAGAGGGAGAGGGGCUGGGAAUUGACAAUGUCUGUGGGUCAGACAGGAGACAGGAUGAAACCAGGGCAGAUGGGAUCUAAUGGAGGCGGAUCUGCAUCUUUCGGACAGCAUAAGUACACUGCAGAGGAAUAUCAAGCCAUACAGAAUGCUUUACGUCAGAAGCUUGGACCAGAAUACAUUAGCAGCAGACAAGCAGGAGGAGGUCAGAAGGUUUGUUACAUUGAAGGACACAGGGUGAUCAGUUUGGCCAAUGAAAUGUUUGGAUACAAUGGAUGGUCCCAUUCUGUAACUCAGCAAAAUGUUGAUUUUGUGGACUUGAGCAAUGGCAAGUUUUACGUUGGAGUGUGUGCUUUUGUUAAAGUCCAGCUAAAGGAUGGCUCUUAUCAUGAAGAUGUUGGUUAUGGUGUCAGUGAAGGACUGAAGUCUAAAGCUCUUUCUUUGGAGAAAGCACGGAAGGAGGCUGUAACAGACGGGCUGAAGAGAGCACUAAAGUGCUUUGGAAAUGUUCUUGGAAACUGUAUAAUGGACAAGGAUUACUUACGUGCUGUGAAUAAACUUCCAAAACUGCCUCAAGGUGAGCUGGAUUUGGCUCAAACAAAGCGUCAGGACUAUGAUAUUACACUUGAAAAGGCACGGUAUAAUAGUUUCCUUCAAGAACAGAAAACUGUAGACAGAACACAUCAGAAUCCAGCAGCCCUGGAAAAGACCAGAGGCAGUGACCAGUCUCCUACCAAACUACAUCAAGAGGAUUAUACAAAGAUUCAUAGUGAAAACAACCUUAGUGACUCCAGUUCUGGAUUUGGAUCAGCAGGUUUUGUAGUUCAGCCAGAGAUGGAUGCCACAUAUCAACGUAAACUGCGUCAAAAGCAGCUGCAGCAGCGAUUCCGUGAAGAGAUGGAGAAAAAGCAGUUACGAAAUUCGGCGACCUCUGCGGACCUAGGACAAGGUGGAAUAUCUAAUGUUCAAAGGGUUCCCCCUGUAGGUCACAGCACCCCAGCAUCAGUGCAGAACGUACCUACAACAGUGGAUGAGUAUCUGGCAGAUGACCCGGAGCUUUGGGACAUCCCAUUAGACUCUAUAGAAGUUGACAGUUUCUCCAAAGAAACUGUACACACAUCAGCUCCAACCUUCCUGUCCAGACCUGCAACCCCACUAGGACACCAUCAGAUGAUGACACGGAGCAAGACACCCCAGAGACCAAACAACGAGCGUCAGCCCAUGAGAACGAUGGCAUGGAACCAAACACUAGGGAGCACAACUGGACAGCACCGAACAGAUAAAAGCCCGCAGCAUUACAACCAGGGUAUUUACAUGAAGAAGAGGAAGCUUGACCCAUCAUGAUUGAAAUCUUCACUGCGGUCCUGUUCAUCACACUCCUGUUAUCCAUGGUCUUGGGCUCUCCUAUGGAGCAAUGCUGUUGUUCACUGCAAACCUCUUACAGGAAUUUGGAUUGUUGAAUUCUACAUAUGAGGAACUUGUGCUGCCUUGCAGAAGAACUGAGAUUUCUCACAUAAACGAUUGUGAUGGAUGUUCAAUUUUUUUUUUUAUUAAAUUGUUUUUAAUAUGAACAUCUUAUUAUCUUUUAAUAAAACAUAUGCCAUAUUUUAUUUAGAGGGCUUCUGUCACCAGAUUUAUAGCCGUAACACAGGCUGACCUGAGGCAUUUGUGCUGGUCAGCAGAUGCUUAAUGUAUUGGUCCCACCCUCAUCUGUGCCUGAAUUUCGGCAAAACCUUGUUUUAAUAUAUGUAAAUGAGCCUGUAGGAGCAACAGGGCUGUUACGCCUAUUGGUUCAACUCUCUUUGUGAUUGCUGCGCCGUCUGCACUCUGAUUAACGGGACCUGACAUGAUGACGUUUUUACUGCCUGCGGUAUGAGUAGAGCCUCUAGGUGUAACUGUAACGCCCCCGUUGCUCCCCGUUUGCUGAAAUUCAGGCACAUAUGAACAUGGGACCAACACAGAUGCCUUCAGCUGCCAAUCGCACAUGUAAGGCUACAUGCACACAACAGUGAAAAACGGACAUGUGAUGUACAAUUUUUUAACGCCCAUCACACGUCCGUUUUAAGACCAAUGGUAGUCUAUGGGGUUAUUUGCACGUAGUUUUCUUUUUGAUGGUCAGUGAAUAAC